CGAGGCUGCGUUCCUGCUUCCUGCUUCCUCCGCCUAGUGCGCGAGGACGAGGCGUCACUGCGCUGCCCGCACGACAGAGAGAAGACAGCACCGCGCUCGCGCACGCUUAAGGCCCGGAAAAAAAGAUCCAGAACCAUGUCCAUCCUCAAGAUUCACGCUCGGGAGAUUUUCGACUCCCGUGGUAACCCCACUGUGGAGGUCGAUCUCUACACCAAGAAAGGUCUGUUCAGAGCUGCUGUGCCCAGCGGCGCCUCCACGGGCAUCUAUGAGGCUCUGGAGCUGCGUGACAAUGACAAGACGCGCUACAUGGGCAAAGGAGUCAAAAGAGCAGUUAAAUAUAUAAAUGAGUUCUUGGCCCCUGCAUUAUGUAACCAGGAUGUGAGCGUUACAGAUCAGGAGAAGAUCGACAAGCUGAUGCUGGACAUGGACGGCACAGAAAACAAGUCUAAGUUUGGCGCAAACGCCAUCCUGGGCGUCUCUCUGGCCGUGUGCAAGGCCGGCGCAGCAGAGAAGGGCGUCCCCCUCUACCGCCACAUCGCUGACCUGGCUGGGAACCCGGAGGUCAUCCUCCCGGUGCCUGCUUUCAACGUCAUCAACGGCGGCUCUCAUGCAGGCAACAAGUUGGCCAUGCAGGAGUUCAUGAUCCUGCCCGUGGGGGCCAGCACCUUUAAGGAGGCCAUGCGUAUCGGUGCCGAGGUCUACCACAACCUGAAGAACGUCAUCAAGGAGAAAUAUGGCAAGGACGCCACCAAUGUGGGAGACGAGGGAGGCUUCGCCCCCAACAUCCUGGAGAACAAGGAAGCUCUAGAGCUGCUGAAAAAUGCCAUCGCCAAGGCCGGCUACACCGACAAGAUCGUGAUCGGGAUGGACGUGGCUGCCUCUGAGUUUUACAAGGGUGGCAAGUACGACCUGGACUUCAAGUCCCCCGACGACCCCAGCCGCUACAUCUCCCCCGACAAGCUGGCUGACCUCUACAAGAGCUUCGUCAAAGAUUACCCAGUGGUGUCCAUUGAGGACCCCUUUGACCAGGACGACUGGGAGGCGUGGUCCAAAUUCACAGCCACCACCAGCAUCCAGGUGGUGGGUGAUGACCUCACAGUCACCAACCCCAAACGCAUCGCCAAAGGUGUGGCUGAAAAGUCCUGCAACUGCCUGCUGCUUAAAGUCAACCAGAUCGGCUCUGUCACAGAGUCCCUGCAGGCCUGCAAGAUGGCCCAGAGCAACGGCUGGGGUGUGAUGGUCAGCCAUCGCUCUGGAGAGACGGAGGACACCUUCAUCGCUGACCUGGUGGUCGGUCUCUGCACUGGACAGAUCAAGACUGGUGCGCCUUGCCGAUCCGAGCGCUUGGCCAAAUACAACCAGCUGCUCAGGAUUGAGGAGGAGCUCGGCGACAAGGCCCGCUUUGCUGGCCAGAACUUCAGGCACCCCAUCUGAGCUGGUCCACCUCCACAGGCUUCUGUGUUUGCUGCUCAUAAAUAACCCCCCUUCAUAUACGGCACACUAGGUUCCUGCCCUUCCUCGGAGAGAAAAUUACUGCUGAAAUCAAAGGUCCAAGUUCAGUCGGUGGCGAGGAGAAGCUAUACAGUAGAUCCUAGUUCAACCGCAGCUUCGCUCAUCCUCCAACUACGCUUCAGCUCCUGAAUAGUGUUGGUCCCUCUGUUUGUGUAUCUGUGAGAGAUUUUAGUUGGUCUUCUCGUGUUGUUGUGAUAUUUGGUCCUCCACUGAGUAUUUGAGCUACUGUAACUGUAGUACGGCUGUCUGCCUCGAGCAGUGGUAACAGUACUGUGUGUGUGCAAUGUGUCCCAUCUGACAAGGUCUUGUGUUGCUGUAAGCGUUGGCAGAAGCAAACGUAAUAAAUAACAUAGUUAAAAAAUGUU